CUUAUCAAUUAACUAAUAACUCAUAAGAAGAAACGAUGGUGCAUUCUCGUUUUUUAAACCUUGUUUUAGUCCUAGUGACCAUUGCCUCUUUACUCACUACAUUUGCUGAGGCCAAUAGAGGAUUUGGCUGGGGUUGGGGUGGUGGCUCAAACUCUUCAAGUGGUUCAGGUUCAAACUCGAGGUCCGGUUGGGGUUGGGGUCAUCGCUCCAACUAUUCAAGUGGUUCAGGUUCAACCCCAGUGUCAGGAUGGGGUUGGGGCUCUAGUCGAAAUGGUUCAGGCUGGGGUUGGGGUUGGGGUGGGAUACCCAACAACACUCACAACUCCGGAUCUGACAGCUCGGGUUGGGGCAUGGGUCCUAACAACAAUUGCAGCUCGGGAUCUGGCGGCUCGGGUUCAGGCUGGGGCUAUGGAGGUCAUUCAAAAAACUUUAAUGCCACCUACAAUGGACCUAGAAAGAUCAUAGUCGGUGGAGACAAACAGUGGACUUACGGUUUUAAUUAUGCCGACUGGGCUUCUAAGACUGCUCCAUUCUUUCUCAAUGACAUACUUGUUUUCAAAUACAACCCACCAGUCCCAUUCACGCACAGCGUCUACCUGCUUCCGAACCCAUCGAGCUAUGAAAAGUGUGACGUGAAGAAAGGCAAAAUGCUUGCGUCCCCGAAGCAAGGUGCUGGAAAUGGCUUUGAGUUUGUUCUAAAACAGAUGAAGCCUUACUACAUUUCGUGCGGCGAGCAUGAAGGUGCUCACUGCAACAACGGUACCAUGAAGUUCACCGUCAUGCCCACGCUUCCCCGUUGGUAAUUUGGUAAUCCAAGUCCAACAUUAGUUUUUCAUUUGGUUGUUGUGUCAUCAAUAAAUGAGAUAUUACCAUUAUUUAUGUGUUACAAUAUUUACAUUUUGUUGGGAUUGUUUGUGGUUUUGCUUUAUGUUUUUAUUAUGAGAUCACCAUUGUUUGUAUACUACCAUAUUUUUGUGGUAAAAAAGGGCACCGUUUGGUAUUUUUAUGACAAGAUAUGAAAAAAUUUAAUAUUUA